AACCAGGAACACCUUCAAGACCCACGAGACAAAAUUUCACCUAAAAAUGUCUAAAAUAUCGGAAGAAAACAUCAAGAAGGCUGAGGAACUGAAGAAUGAAGCUAAUGAAUACUUUAAGAAACAGCAGUACGACAAGGCCAUCGAGCUGUACAGUUUGGCGAUAGACCUAAACGACAACAUCGCCAUUUACUACGGCAAUAGGAGCUUUGCGUAUCUGCGGACGGAAUGCUUUGGCUACGCCCUCCAGGAUGCGUCAAAGGCCUUGGAACUCGACAAGGCAUAUGUCAAGGGCUACUACAGAAGGGCAUCUGCGUACAUGUCCCUCGGCAAGUUUAAACUGGCUCUAAAGGAUUACGAGACGGUGACUAAAACGCGCCCUAACGAUCGGGAUGCCAAAGUGAAGUACAACGAGUGUCAGAAAGUCGUCAAGAUGUUGAUGUUCCAGAAGGCGAUCGCCGUCGACGAUGACAACAAAUCUGUGGCGCAAUCUAUAGACCUGGAAUCUAUGGCUAUAGAAGACGACUACGUUGGGCCACGACUUGAGGACGGCAGAGUUACGGGACAGUUCAUGAAGGAGUUAAUGGAACACUACAAGGGCCAGAAGAAACUCCACCGCCGCUAUGCUUAUAAGAUACUGUUGGACGUAAAGGAUCAGCUCAUGAAACAGCCAACGCUGGUCGACGUGACCAUCCCCGACGACUCCAAGUUCACCGUCUGCGGGGACAUCCACGGGCAGUUCUACGACCUCAUGAAUAUUUUCAACCUAAACGGCCUUCCCUCGACGACCAAUCCUUAUCUCUUCAACGGGGAUUUCGUCGACAGAGGGUCGUUCUCCGUCGAGUGUAUUUUCGUAUUGUUUGGCUUCAAGCUCUUGUACCCCGAUCACUUCUUCAUGUCGAGAGGGAACCACGAGAGUGUAACUAUGAACCAAAUGUAUGGGUUCCAAGGGGAGGUGAAGGCCAAGUACACCUCACAGAUGGCCGAGCUCUUCACCGAGGUCUAUAAUUGGUUGCCGCUCUGCCACUGCCUCAACUCUAGGGUCCUGGUGAUGCAUGGGGGACUGUUCUCCGAGGACAACGUCACCUUAGACGACAUAAGAAAAACAGAACGGAACAGACAGCCACCGGAAGAAGGCAUCAUGUGCGAGCUGUUAUGGAGCGACCCCAUGCCAGGCGGCGGUCGAGCUCCGAGCAAACGAGGCGUAGGGAUCCAGUUCGGCCCCGACGUCACUAAACGAUUCCUCGAGAAGAAUAACCUCGACUUAGUCAUCCGUUCGCACGAGGUUAAGGCCGACGGCUAUGAGGUGGCACACGACGGCAAGUGCAUCACAGUUUUCUCCGCACCGAAUUAUUGCGACACAAUGGGCAACAAAGGAGCUUUUAUCACCAUGAACGGGAAGGACCUUGAACCAAGAUACUCCACCUACGAAGCUGUUCCUCAUCCUCCCGUCAAACCAAUGGCUUACGCUAAUUCAAUCCUAAGUUUGUUUAGUUAAGAUAACGACGUAGAAUUCUAGAGUUAACAGUUGCACAGAAGACCCCUCCUACCCCAUGACUGUUAGUUUCCGGUGCAAGAUGGCGGGGAUCAUCAAUAGAGGCUCCUGCCUUCAGCGACUCAACUGUAUAAUUCAUUUCUAUAGAUAAGUUUCUCUGGGGGGUUAAACGUGGCGUCGGGUUGAGUCUCGUCGGGGGUUUUGACUCGGCGUUUCAGGUCGUCGGGUACUGCUAGGGGCCGAGUCGACCAUCGUGAACUUUGACCCGACGUUACGAGGCCUCCGAGAGAUGAACCGGUGUACGAGUAUUCUGCGCUCAAUCAAUCCACACUGCAGACAGUUGACACACACACACACAGUCACACACACAGACAUACACACGAACCUAAAAGAAUGUACACUGUAAUCUCUCGUAUCUGUGCCUUGAGGAUAAACAAGAGUAUUGUGAUACCGCUGAGUGUGUUACCUUGUAUGGGGGUGUGUGACGGGAAGGCUAUUGGCAAGUGCGUUAGGAGCGUUCGGGAUUAUGCCGGGUCUAAGGUUCUGGUGGCUUACGUCCAAUCAGAUCCCAGUCGCAAAGGUCAAGUCCAAGUGGCAAUAACAAUACAACCCCUUCUACUUCACUACACCCCUCUCCCCCUCCCACACCCAUCACACCCCCCUCCACCCCCUAACUCACACAGUCAGUCCACUAAACCAUAUUCUGGACUACUCCUGUUUCCAUUUUCUAACACAUUAUCAUCUUCGCUUCAGCUCGAGAGAUACUUAACACAGUGAGAAUAAUCAUAGCUUGUAGAAAUAUCAUAAAUUCUCGGAUAAUUCAGGUAGGUUCAGGGGAUUGGUAAAAUUAGUAGGAGUUUAUCGAUUAAAAUCAUCAAGCGAGUUCAGAUUUUGUCGUGUAUAUAGAUAACGCAGAUAAACACUCCAGCAUGUAUAUAGACAGUACAUGUAUACAGUUCAGCACGUAUGUAGACAAUACUGGUCGGAUAUAGUUCAGCACAUAUAUAGAAUAUUUAGGGAUAUAAACAAUAUACCUAGACAGUACAGGUAUACAAACAAUAUACCUAGACAGUACAGGUAUACAAACAAUAUACCUAGACAGUACAGGCAUGCAAACAAUAUA